ACUCUGAGCCACUGUGCGGCAGCAGAUUGUAGUGUCAUCUUGUGGAAGUGCGCCUCUGCGAGUCAUGUUCCUGAGUUUUUAAAGUAUCGAGCUGUGAUACGCUUAUGGAACCAUCUACAUCCAAGAACACUCGCCCUAAAGAUGGAGAAGUUAUCUACCAUGAGCUCAAAGACGAGCCACCAAGUUUAAUACAAAACUAGAACAAGGUCGUCCUCACAGUGAAAUCUGUCCCGGUGUCUCAAGUGAGCGGCGACGAUACUGAACACAACACCAACACCAGCAUACAGGUGGUGCCGGCACUGGUGCAGGCGACGGUCUGGACUCCUCGUGGUGAGAGUGUUUGAUGACCCACCCAGACCUCCACCGGCAGCCCACACCGGCCUUUGCCUGCAACACACUUUAGACUGACGGGCCUUACAACAGUUGCUUUGUGUUGCGGUUUAUAGUGACCACGCCUUACGGACACAACCAAGUAUAGUGGCUUUCCUCGUGGGACGCCCUUUCUCGCCGCCAUCAUCGUGACAACAAGCAGCCGCCAUGGGCGUGCACAGAACAGAGGAGCCUGGAGGAGGGUUAGGGAUAUUGGAGGAGGAGGAAGAGGAUGAAGAUCUGGGCAUGGACAGGUUCUAUCCUCAUUACCCUCACCGUCAAGACUCAGGAGCCAGCAGCACCAACAGUGACGUCCUCAACAACAACCAGGUCGAUGGAGGCAAAGUCAACCUUACGGGGAAGGGCCGCGUGGACAUGGCUCACUUCGAACUGCUCAAAGUUUUAGGGACUGGAGCUUAUGGCAAAGUCUUUCUGGUGCGGAAGAUAUCAGGGAAGGAUGCAGGGAAGUUGUAUGCCAUGAAGGUUCUGAAGAAAGCGACCAUCGUACAGAAGAAGAAGACAACUGAGCACACCAAGACAGAGAGGCAGGUGUUGGAGGCAGUGCGGCAGAGCCCCUUCCUCGUCACCCUUCACUAUGCCUUCCAAACUGAUGCUAAACUCCACCUCAUCCUUGACUACGUCAGCGGAGGAGAACUGUUCACUCACCUUUACCAGAGAGAAAGGUUCCAUGAGGAUGAAGUCCGUCUCUACAUUGGUGAAGUCAUCCUUGCCCUUGAGCAUCUGCACAAACUUGGUAUCAUCUAUCGAGACAUCAAGCUUGAAAACAUCCUCUUGGACUCGGAUGGCCACAUAGUUUUGACAGACUUUGGCCUCAGCAAGGACUUCCUCUCUCAUGAAACGGAACACAGAGCAUACUCCUUUUGUGGCACAAUUGAGUACAUGGCCCCCGAGGUGGUGCAGGGAGGAGCUCACGGCCACGAUCAGGCUGUGGACUGGUGGAGUGUGGGAGUGUUAACAUAUGAACUGUUAACUGGAGCCUCGCCUUUCACGGUGGAAGGUGAAAAGAAUAACCAGCAGGAGAUUUCAAGACGAAUCCUGAAAACACAGCCACCGUUGCCCAGUGAUCUAUCGCCAGAGGUCAGAGACUUAAUUUCAAGACUCCUCGUGAAAGACCCUCGCCAGCGGUUAGGGGGAGGGCCACGGGAUGCACUAGAGAUUAAGGACCAUGUAUUUUUUAAGAAAUUGAAUUGGGAUGACCUUGCUCAAAAGAAAGUACCUGCUCCCUUUGUACCAAGAAUCAGUAAUGAGUUAGAUGUUAGUAAUUUUUCUGAAGAGUUCACUGCAAUGAUACCACAGGAUUCUCCAGCAAUCGUUCCUCCAGAUGUUGAGAAAAUGUUCAAUGGCUACUCCUACGUUGCUCCAUCAAUUCUCUUCACUGACAAUGUCAUCAGCGACAGCCUUUUCAAGAUGUCACCAGACAGAAGACCUUCCACAACCAACCUAUUGGCUUGUAGCUUUAAGGACUCACCAUUUUUCCAAAAAUAUGAACUGAAUCUCCGAGAUAAUAUACUCGGAGACGGCAGCUUCAGUGUCUGUCGGGAAUGUGUACAAAAGUCCAGUGGGCAACACUUUGCUGUCAAGAUAGUGUCAAGAAGACUAGACUGCCAACAAGAAAUCAAUUUACUCCGGGCUUGCCAAGGACAUUCCAACAUUGUCAACCUCCAUGAAGUUUUCCAUGAUGAGGCACACACCUACAUUGUGAUGGAGCUCCUUGGAGGUGGAGAGCUGCUUCAGAGGAUCAGGAAACACGAGAGGUUCACAGAGGCUCAGGCUUCAGUCAUCAUGAGGAAUCUGGUGUCAGCAGUUCACUACAUGCACAGAAAAGGCAUCGUUCACAGAGACCUAAAACCAGAGAAUCUCUUGUUCAAGGAUUCUUCUGAAGAUUCAGUUAUUAAGAUUGUGGAUUUUGGGUUUGCACGUUUGAUGCCUGACAAGGAAAAGGAUGGCAGCAUGAAGACACCGUGCUUCACUCUUCACUAUGCAGCGCCAGAAGUGUUGCGGCAAGCAGUGCAGAAGGGAGCAAAUGGCUAUGAUGAAACAUGUGACUGGUGGAGCUUGGGUGUGAUUCUAUACACAAUGUUGUCAGGGAGAGCCCCAUUCCAGUCAAGAAGUAAAGAUGACACCUCAGCAUCAAUCAUUGCUCGGAUAAAGGAUGGAAGUUUUGACAUGUCAGGACCAGAAUGGGUCUCUGUCUCCUCACAGGCUAAGAAACUUAUCAAAGGGUUAUUGACGGUAGAUGCUUCAAGGCGUCUCACCAUCACUGAGUUGCUGCAGGAUGAGUGGCUUCAGGGAGGCCCUCCUUAUUUAUUUUCAGCAACUCCCCUCAUGACACCCACUAUACUCAGUGCUCGGCCCACACUCACUGGACCAAUCUCUGCUGAAGCUGGAGUCAAACAAGCUUUUCAUGCAUUCCACAUGGCAACUAGGGAAGGAUUUCGCUUACUAGAUGUGAGUAAUGCAAGACUUGCUCAGCGUCGAAAGAACAAGAAAUCCUCCACAGAUGCCCGAAGCCAUUCUUCUACCUCAUCCCUCUCCUCUACCUCAUCUGCGUCUUCCCUUAACUCCACUUGCACACCAAGCAAGUCAGACCGCUGCAGUUCCUCAUUAGGUGCAACUCCAAAGAAAGAAGAAAGCAUAUUUGACUUCGGAGAAGCAAAAGUGAAAGCAUAUCUUUCAAGCAUAGAUUCUCCCUCUGAGACAUCUUUCCCAGUAACUCCAAGCAUGGUUUUGACAUUACCAAGCCAACAAUCAAAAUCCACAGCAGGCAGUGGUCAUGGAUCUUUUGACUUCCCCAAAGAAAAUAGGACUGGUGAAACUGUACCUAAACCUAAGAGUAAUGCUAGUGUGCCUCCAGAGGAAAGUUCUUUAAGUGCUUCUAAGGUGUCUUACAACAAAGAACAGUGCCUUGCAUUUAAGAAACAAGAUGGUUGUGAUAUGGAACAGAAUGUAUUACAUUCUAAAUGCUCUGGGAGCUUACAGAAAUUCUUCCCUAGUGACUUUACUGGACCACAAACACGUUCACGGAAAAGAAAGUUGGAGAAAAUGAGUGAGGGUGAUGUAACCAUAGUCAAACACAUGUUCAAAGGUAGAAACACUAGAAGUAAAAGAUUUGAUACUAUUGUGAUUGAUGAUUGAUGAGUGAGAAACUUCUAGGCAUUACAAAAAAAAACUUUCCAGAUUAGCUUUAGAAUUUUAUCUAUAUCUCUUACUAUUUAAAGAUCAGAGAAAAGUUUAUUAUAUACAAGAAUACUAUAUUAUGUAACUGACCUGAUGUAUUAUAUUGUGCAAUCCAAAAAUACCAAAAUAAAAUGCACUUUACAGUAAA